AUGAGAAAUACCAGCUACAAACGCCUUUCUCCAAACGUCCUUUCAUUUAUUAUCCCUCUUUAUCUCCUCGUCCUCCACUUCUUUCCGAUCCCUAUCACCGGUGACUCCCCACCUCUCUACAAUCCUACUGAUAUCUAUACCGUUGACUGUGGUGCGUCCGGGAAUUUAAAAGCAUGGGAUAACCGAAUCUGGAUCGGAGACACCAAUUCCCGAUUCUCCCUCAUAGAAAAAAACAAGGCGUCUAUAAUCUCAAAGGCAGCUAAGACAUCCCCCUCAGUUGAUCCCGUCCCCUUCGCCACCGCACGACUAUCUCGCUUCCAAUUCGCUUACAUAUUUCCUGUCACAACCGGCCAGAAAUUCAUUCGCUUGCACUUCUAUCCAUCUUCCGUUGCGGGCUUUGAUAGAUCAAAGGCUUUUUUCUCAGUUAAGAUCGGUGGCUAUACACUUCUUAACAACUUCAGUGCUGCACUCGCUGCUGAUGCCCAUGGGGAUGAAACCGUAUCGAAAGAAUUCUGUGUCAAUGUCAAACAAGGAGAUCAGAUGCUGAACAUAACAUUCACUCCAACGGCCAGUGAUCCAGAUGCAUACGCUUUUAUUAACGGAAUUGAAAUUGUCUCCAUGCCCGACUAUCUCUACUAUACUUCCCCACAAAAUGGAGGGAUUCAGUUUAUCGGCCAAAAAAAUGUAUUUUGGAUUGAAAUCGAGUAUGCUCUGGAAAUGGUAUACCGACUGAACGUGGGUGGGAGAUUUGUUUCACCCAUGGAAGACACAGGCAUGUUCCGCACUUGGGAUGAGGAUGAUGAUUAUUGCGUGAAACUAGCAUUUGUACCGGCCAACAGCAGUAUUGAUCUCAAGUUUACUCAACAACCGGAAUACACGGCACCGCCUGAUGUCUACCGCACCGCCCGGACGAUGGGGAACAACAAGACUGAGAACAUGGGAUACAAUCUUACUUGGGUGUUAUCUGUGGACUCUGGUUUUAACUAUCUGCUUAGACUACACUUUUGCGAGUUCCAACCCGAGAUAACGGAGCGGCAAGACAGGGAGUUCACUAUUUUUAUAGCUAACCAGACGGCGGAGAAUCAUGCAGACGUGAUCACAUGGAGCGGCGGAAACGGAGUUCCCAUAUACAGAGAUUAUGCGGUCAUGAUGCCAAGCCAGGGAAGCAACAAAAAACAAAACCUCUACAUACAACUGCAUCCUAACCCGGACUGGAGAACCCGUUACAAUGAUGCAAUUCUGAAUGGAAUCGAGCUCUUCAAAGUCAGCAAGUUUGAUAACAGCCUGGCCGGACCAAAUCCAGACCCGCCUCCUAAUUCGGUUCCCCCACCGCCUGCACAGUCUACCUCGCCGAAGGAUUAUGACACACAGCUUGUAGCAAUUGUCUGCGGCAUGGUUGCCUGCAUAGUUGCACUCUCUACUCUAUGUUUAUUCAUUCGCCGGCGAGGAGGGAGACGGCGAGACGCCGACCCAGGAGCAUCGUGGUGGGGUCCAUUUUCUUAUACUAGUGCUCAGUCCACCAGGGCCAGCUAUUGA